CUCAUCAUUGACCGCAGGGAAAGGGCAUGUUCACGCAUUUUCUCACUGACGCAGCGUCUCAAUUCUCCCAUAUAAACCCGGCCGCAUGACAACGGGAAUUUGUAGAUGACACCCGCCACGCAAUCCACAAACUUGUUGACAUGUUUAACUGUGCAUGACCUCUUUCUGUGCUUUUGCAGAAGCAAAAAAUGGGGCAGGAAACUGUUGUGCUACCUCUCAGGAUAUUGUCAUCAUCAUCAUCAUCAUCACCAUCAUUUAUUUUCCUCGAAGGCCCUUAUGGGCAUUACACGAGGAAACAGUACUUCCUUUUUUUUUUUUUAAUCAAACACUUUUGCGCGCAAUUUUACGCAGUAAAAGUAAUUAGUCAGAUAAAGCAGAAAGGAAAGUGGUUUCAAAGGCAGCAAUUUUAUCUGUGUCAGUUACACACUUUCCCUUUUUGGCUGUGUUGAGCAUAUACCAGAAGUGUUGUUAUCUCGUUCGAAAGAUGGCAAAGUUGCUCGAAAGUAAUAUAUGUCGAACGAAAGAUAUAACGACGUUGCUCUUUUUCUAGGACCGAAGAGACCUUUGUGACGCCUGCGAGAGAGAAGCAGUCCUGAGCCGAUUCCCCGGAGUCUCGGUGCUACAGAAAACACUCAUGCGCCAAUGCUCAAAUUUUUUUGGCGCUCACGGGGUAUGGGAGAGCAAGGAUCCUGAAGCCAAAAAUUUACACUUCCAUGCGCACCCUAUUUGAACCCUCUCAGACAAUAUGAGCUAAAACAUCCCAGCCUUUUUUUGGUACUUGCGGUGCCCAGAGGCUCUAUCAUCUCUCAAUUUGUCAAGUAGUUUGAAGAUUGAGACCCCAGCUUUUGACUUCAUUCGUAAUUUAGACCAUAUCUCUCAAAAAUUGGCAGGUAGGCCAAAAAAGCAUGAAGGGCUGUUUCAGCUCGUAUCGUCCAUGAUUGUGCCUGUUUUGCCUGUACAUCUGUCGAUGCCGCAUCUUGUUACAUCGUGUCUCUCUUCUGCUUGAAGUGAAAUAUUCUUUGUUUGUGGAGAACACCAGGAAAACUGUGCUUUUCAGGUCUUGAUAUUUCGGCGUAAAAAUGUCUUCGGCGUGGACAAGAAACUGCAUAGCACCUUCUUUAAGUGUUGUGAAACAUGAACGUUUCUAAAGAGUGCCUCAAAAUGUCUUGUCUUCUUUUCUUUUUUUAAGUUUGGUGUUAGCUUAUCAAAACAGGUUGACAUCCUCGUAGUAUUCAUUAAUGAACUCGAUCGAUUAAUGUGAUACGAGAGCCCUAUGCUCGGCGUCACCUUUUCUGUGCCAGGUUGUUGAGGCUAGCUUAGUUUCCACACUUCUCGAGUCCCACGCUGCAUACUGUGCGGAAACUGAGCUAACCUCAAUUGUGUAGCACGAAAGCAUUGAUAUCGAGCAUAAGCAGUAGGUUGCUGCAUUUUGGUAUCUUGCAGAUUCUUUGUGAAAUGGCCGAAUGAAUGGCUGGGAGGGGGGUCUUGCCCCUUGUCUGUGACAUUGUUCCCAUCUUUACAGGUCUGGAAGAAUGCCCUUGCCUCGGGCAGUAAAUGAUGGUUCGGACAAAUCGGCCCUCAUUAAUAAUUUUGCAGUGAGUCUGUGGACUGUGCGAAGUACAUCAGUUUGUGAAAUGACCCUCCGAUGUAUUCUGAAGAAGCCUGGGAGCAGUCCAUACUCAUGGGGCUUCCCCAUUUGCGCACUUCGGGCGUGCCAGAACUGGAAUUCCCCGAGCCUGACGCUGCCGAACCAGUCUUCGAACCGGAUCCUUGUCAGCGGAUUUCGCCCAAGCCGGCUUUUCAUACAGGAUUUGCUCCCGAACUGGCUUUUUAUCAAAAAACUGCCUCUGAACCGGCUGUCCCUGAAGGAGUCUUCUUCAGGCCAGAUCCCCAUCAACGGGUUGUCCCUGGACCGGAUUUUGGUCAACAGACUGUUCCUGAACUGGUUUCGUGUCAAGAAAUUGCCCCAGAACCAGCCGCUUCCGAACCUGUUGUUUCCGAGUCGGCCGUUCAUGGAUCUGGCACGGAUAAGCCUGGGAAGCCGGUCGCUUCUCGUGUUGCAUGGGGGUACAAGAGGUGGCCGAAGGUGUACUGGCUGCCCCAGUUUUCUCCAGGGCUGCACAAGGCCCUGUUGAUGGAGGACGCAUCCUUUUACACAUCUGGGCGGACGAGGCUCAAGACACUGCUUAUCAAUGCCAUUGCCAGGGACCUCGCCAAGUACAAGUUGUUACCAAGUCCAUCCCAAUACUGCCAGGUGUUCAAAGCGCUGAGAGAACGGUUCCCCUUCCUCCGGGAGAAACGGCGAUGGUUCGGGAUCAGCAAGGCGGUCAAACACAAAGUGAAGAAGGAGAGGCUGCUGCUGGUUUCCACCUCUGGGAAGGCGCAAGGGAGUGAAAGCGGGAGCAGAGCGCGCCAAAUCCUGAAUGCCGGGAUCGGUGGUCCCAAGGGGAAGAGCGACAAAAAAACGGAGAAAGAAAGCAGACGACAGGUGGAACCGGGCGUGCCAGAACCGGAAUUUCCCGAGCCUGACGCUGCCGAACCAGUCUUCGAACGGGAUCUUUCUCAACGGACUUCGCCCGAGCCGGCUCUUCAUAGAGGAUUUUCUCCCAAACCGGUUUCUUGUCCGGGAAUUGCCCCAGAAUCGGGCGUUUCCAAGCCAGCCGUUCACAGAUCGGACAUGGAUAAGCUGGGCAAGCCGGUUGCUCCUGGUGUUGCGGGGAGGUCCAAGGGGUGGCCGAAGGUAUACUCGCUGCCCCAGUUUUCUCCAGAGCUGCACAAUGCCCUGUUGAGGGAGGACCCGUCCUUCUACAAGCGCGGGCGGACGACGCUCAAGACGCAGAUCAUCGAUGCCAUCGUGAGGGACAUCUCCAAGUACGAUGGGGGGUUGGGGUUGCCAAGUCCAUCCCAAUACUGCCAGGUCUUCAAAGCGCUGAGAGAAUGUUUCCCCUUCCUCCGGGAGAAACUGCGAUGGUUCGGGAUCAGCAAGGCGGUCAAACACAAAGUGAAGAAGGAGAGGCUGCUGCUGGUUUCCACCUCUGGGAAGGCGCAAGGGAGUGAAAGCGGGAGCAGAGCGCGCCAAAUCCUGAGUGCCGGGAUCGGUGGUCCCAAGGGGAAGAGCGACAAAAAGGCGGAGAAAGAAAGCAGACGACAGGUGGAACCGGGCGUGCCAGAACCGGAAUUUCCCGAGCCUGACGCUGCCGAACCAGUCUUCGAACAAGAUCCUUUUCAACGGACUUCGCCCGAGCCGGCUCUUCAUAGGGGAUUGUCUCCCAAACCGGUUUCUUGUCCGGGAAUUGCCCCAGAACCGGCCGUUUCCAAGCCAGCCGUUCACGGAUCGGACAUGGAUAAGCUGGGCAAGCCGGUUGCUCCUGGUGUUGCGGGGAGUUCCAAGAGGUGGCCGAAGGUAUACUCGCUGCCCCAGUUUUCUCCAGAGCUGCACAAUGCCCUGUUGAGUGGGGACGCGUCCUUCUACAAGCGCGGGCGGACGAGGCUCAAGACGCAGAUCAUCGAUGCCAUCGUGAGGGACAUCUCCAAGUACGAUGGGGGGUUGGGGUACCCAACCCCAACCCAAUACAGCCAGGUUUCAAGCGCGCUGAAAGAGCGUUUCCCCUUCCUCCGGAAGCAACAGCAUUGCGAUCAUGAUCUCAGUCCGGUACAAGUGGGAGAAGGAGAGGCACCUGCUGAUUUCCAACUCCAGAAAGAUGCCCAUUGGCAGACGACAGAACCGGAAUUUCCCGAGCCUGACGCUGCCGAACCAGUCCUCGAACGGGAUCCUUGUCAACGGAUUUCACCCGAGCCGGCUCUUCAUAGAGGAUUUUCUCCCAAACCGGUUUCUUGUCAGGGAGAUGCCCCAGAACCAGCCGUUUCCGAACCUGCUGUUUCCAAGCCGGCCGUUCACGGAUCGGACAUGGAUAAGCCGGGCAAGUCGGUCGCUCCUGGUAUUGCAGGGAAGGUCUACUCGCUGCCCCAGUUUUCUCCAGGGCUGCAGAAGGCCUUGUUGAACGAGGAUGCGUCCUUCUACACGCCCGGGCGGACGACGCUCAAGACGUUGCUCAUCAAUGCCAUUGCCAAGGACAUCUCCAAGAAAAAUAUGGGGUUGGGGUACCCAACUCAAACCCAAUACAGCCAGGUCUCGAACGCGCUGGAAGAGCGUUUUCCCUUCCUCCGGGAGAAAGGGCGAUGUGGCAGGAUCGUGUUCGCGGUCCAAUGCAAACUGGAGAAGAAGAGGCAGCUGCUGGUUUCCAACUCCAAAGAGGUGCCCGAUGGCAGACGGCAGACAAGCGCCGAACUGGGGCAGCCCGGAGACGAGGCUUUGACCGAUAGUUGCUUCGCCGACGCCCUGCGGGAGGCCAUGUCCGAGCAGCCCGUGGACCUGCCCCUCGUGAAGUGCCUCAUGCGGAGGACUCUGCGGGUCCGGCAGGAGCUCAUUAAGCGAGUCUCCGUGGCCAGCGUCCUCCAGGACUACCCGGCCCUCAAGCUUCCGGGCAUGAUGCUGCAGGAUGCCAAGCUUCACUUUGGCAUCGACAUAUUUGAAGCCAUCCGGGACAAGAUGCCUUUGUUCCAGGCACGUGCUCUGCUCUUCCUCGAGGAGAAGAAAGUGGUGCUAGAUUUCGAACACCUCAUUAAAGACGAUCCGGAAAAGGUUUCGCUCCUUAACUUGCCUGUGGCGUUCGACGAAAGGAGGGCGUUCUUCUUCACGACAGACGAGGAGGUGACGGCAAGGACACCGAUAAUCCAAGUCAAGGAAAGCUGUUUUUCCAUCUUCGUUGACGGCGUGGAGGCUGUGUGCGACAUCGAAACGACGGCGGAGGCGGUGGGGACGCUGAUGGCCGCCUACCACCUGUUCAACAUUGAAUACCCGGCCGACCUGGCGCGCACCAUGGAGUUUAUCGAACACUUCUUUUGUGACCUCGGCGGCGGAAACGUCACGGAGCCGGUGGAGCGGUUAGCAUGUUUCCUGAAGGAGUGACGCACGCGGUCGGACCUGCAGUGCCUAGAACGCAUGUUCGACUGCACGCUUACCGUCCCAUCCUUCCCACGAAUCGAAAGUGGUCCCGAAGAGGCAAGAGGGGGGCAACCAAGGGGGCCAUGGCCUUCCUACUGCUGGGGAAGGACGCAAAAAUUGUAAUAGCUUCCUGUUUUCUUCCUAAAUAAAAAAAAAAUGUUUUA